AUGUCUGCCAGUGGCACAGCAGGUUUUUCGUCGUCGGAGUCGGAGUCCUCUGAGGCUGAAGACUCUGCUGACUCUGCUGACUCAGAGUCUGAUAAGGAGUCCAAGGACGCAUCUGAAUCGUCGCCGCUGAACCCAGUCCAUUCUUCCUCGUCUUCCUCGUCUUCCUCGUCGUCGUUUCCCUGCUCGCCUUCCUGCCAGAUCGUCAGUUUGUCCAUUCCACCACUGAUGAGUCGGUACUCGUUGUCAAUAUCCAAAAACGACACCUCGUCCGUUUCGCUGUGUAUUCUGCGCUCAACAACCUUGCCCAGACGGCUGUUCACCUUCGCGACCGUCCCGUCGAACGAUCCGGCCCAGAAAAAGUCGCCGUCUGUGUCCAAAGCAGAUAUCACCGACUCGACAGGCUCUCUGUUUAUGCGGAUUCUGGAGAUCUGGUCUGCGAACUUGUUCAUCUCUGGCUUCCAGACAGUGACCACUCCCUCGCUCAUACCACAAAGCAUCGUGUUUGGGUUUGUUGGGUCGAGCCACCCAGAAGAGAGCAGCUCAUCUUCCUGGUCGUCGCUCUGUUGCAACGGCUGUUCUUUACGGAUAUCCACGUGUGCGAGGGUUGUGGAGCCGGUGGAUACGAACUGA